AAGAAGCGGCAUGCUCCCUGUCCCAGCGGAGUGCAUUCUGAUUUUCUUUCCCCUCUUGGCGUCUUGCUCGUUAUAAAUACGCCAUAACCCACUCCUUUUCUUUCCCACCAUCUCUUCUUUCUGUCGACUGUGCAGGGUCAACUCACACUGGUACUUCCUUCCUCUGGAUAAUAUUUCCCUUUUAUGUUCAAAGCUUCAAAUCAUAUACACCUAACUAUGAAAAGGUUCUCGCUGCCGCUGCUUCUGCUCCCUCUUGCUAUGCUUUUUGCUGCUGCCAUCGCAUCGGAUCCCGACCCUCUCCAAGACCUCUGUGUCGCCGAUCUUACCUCCGAGGUUAAAGUAAACGGGUUUGUGUGCAAGGAUGCUUCAGCGGUGAAUGCCUCGGACUUCUUCUCCGACAUACUAGCCAAACCGGGAGCCACCAAUAACACCUUUGGCUCACUGGUCACCGGAGCCAACGUUCAGAAAAUCCCUGGGCUCAACACCCUCGGCGUCUCACUCUCACGCAUUGACUUCGCACCUGGCGGCCUCAACCCACCCCACACGCAUCCACGCGCCACCGAGAUGAUUUUUGUGCUGCAAGGUGAACUCUACGUCGGCUUCAUAACCACGUCCAAUCAGCUCAUAUCCCAGAAGAUUCAGAAGGGUGAGAUCUUUGUGUUCCCCAAGGGUUUGGUUCAUUUCCAAAAGAACUAUGGGCGGGAAGCUGCCUCUGUAAUUGCAGCAUUCAAUAGUCAGUUUCCUGGUACGCAGUCUAUCCCCCUCACCUUGUUCGCCGCCACGCCGCCGGUGCCGGACCAUGUUUUGACGCAGGCGUUCCAGGUGGGUACCAAGGAGGUUGAGAAAAUUAAGUCGAGGCUCGCACCCAAGAAGCAGUAGGUUGACAGUUUUGUUCUAUUUUGUUCAGUUUCUGUUAUUGUAUUCCAGCCGCCGCCCCAUUGUACUAUUCUUCUGUGUAAUUUGGAGUUCAUGAAUAAUAAAGAAUGCGAUUCAGCGAUAGAAAAGCGAAACAUGAUUGUAGGUUCGUUAAGUUCGUUCAUCACAUGUAGUGCCAGUGGUUCUGCUGGUUUUUUUCAUAUCAUCCCUUCCAUUCAUAGUUGUUCAUGUUUUCGGCACUGGAAUGGAAUACUAAAAGAGGCCGCCUCCCUCCCGCU